AUGAACUUCGACUCUGAGGUGGCGCUGGUUGAGGAGGAGCUUGGUGAUUUGCACAUACAACGCGUUGCUGCGAUGUUGUUAAGCCCGUCGCCGAGGGAUUGCCAACUCGUUCACGAGAUACAUCGAGAAACCCAAUCAGCUUUUGAUCGAAUCCAUUCGAGAAGCCUUUCCGUUGAUCGAAAAGCGAAGAAACACGCUAAAACUCUGGAUCCAGAAAGCAGUAAAGCACCCCCAUCAACUGCUCGAAUCUCACCGAAAAACUCAUUCAAACAAAAAACGUUUAAACUUCCGCAAAAGCCCGUUCUUUUACGCGAUCCCGUAAACCCGGCAAGACGACCGUUGAAAGCC